AAAUUUUUCGAAACAUUUUUUUCGAAUUUUUAUUCUUUACUCUUUCAAGUUUAUUCUUGCUGUCUGUGCGGCACUGUCGGGCGCUGUGCGGAAUAUUGUUUGGCAGGUGGUUAUUGAUUGUUGAUCGACAUUCGACACUUGUCAGCGUUUUGAUAUGAACUUUACUCUAGCAUACUAUAUGGCCUGACCGAAACUUUUCAUACGUUCGCCCCGAUAUUGACAAGCCCAGUUCAUUGCAUUUUACAAUGAGUACUCCCAGAAUUCCCCGAGUGCCAAUUUACCUUAAAAAAUCCAACCAACAUAUUUUAGCAAGUUUUGGAGAAUGCGUUGUCAAUUUUUUUGGAUUCGCCGACAAAGGAUCAGGAUACGUUAGACUAACCCAGGAAAAAGAUGGAUUUCUAAUACAUGAAGUGAAUUCUUUGGAUGAUCCACAUGCUGUACUUCUAAAGCAUGCAUCAGAAUGCCCUGUACACAAAAUGACCGACAAAGCUUUACUUACCCAGGAGUGUAAAGAUAAAGGGGUUGGAAUGGGGGUGGCGAUUUUACUAACUAGUUUGGAUCAGUGUGUACUUGUCACUAGAAGAGCACCUCACAUGCGAACUUUUCCUGGAGUCUGGGUACCACCAGGAGGUCAUGUGGAACCCGGAGAAACAUUACUGACCGCUGGACUAAGAGAAUUAAAGGAGGAAACUGGACUGGAGCUUAGAGACACUUCUCACCAUUUGCUAGGACUGUGGGAAUCUGUUUACCCUCACAAGUUGGAAUUUGGGGAUCCUCAGAGGCAGCAUAUUGUCAUCUAUUUGGUGUUAAAUAGCAGUUUGUCAUCUAAGGAGUUGAUUGAACAAAUUAGGUUGGACCCUGACGAAACAGAUGCAGCCAUGUGGCUUCCUUAUCCUUUUGUUGAAAAACUUUCUACAGGAAAUUCUGUCGAAGAUUUGCCUAAAUAUUUAUCGAUUCUGCAAAAUGUGAAUGGGAAGAAUGAAAAUUAUUCAGUUGACACGGGCCCUAUUGUGGAAGCCAUUGCACCUCCUAUAGAUUCGACUCAAUUAGACAUAGAACGCCUGACAUGGGGGACAAGAUUCGCUUUGCAGCAGUGGAUGAAAUGGAAUGUGAAUCAAAAACCCAACGAGUCAAAAUUGUAAACAUUUAUAUAAUCACUGUAAAGUUUAUACAAUCAAGAGAUUAUGUCGA